CUUUUUAAGCUAUUAACUCUCACCCAAAACCAAUUUAACAUGCACAUCCAAAGACACUUGCCUUUCCCUGUUCAAGAAACUGGCGUCAAAGCUCCCUUAACCUACAAGUCGCCGUUUACUUUUUAUUCAAAGCAGAACUCCAAUUUGGGGCCAUCAAGCUUAGAGUUCAACUCUUUUCCGAAACUAAUAGAUAUCGAAUGGAGUCAGAAGCCCAUUAAUUUGAAAUCUCCACCUCCUCAACAAAUGCCAAAGAUGGAUACCCCUCAGAUUAUUCUGGACCAGACUGAUGAAGAGACUCCUGAUGUAGUUGAAGUUGCAAAGGAAGAAGUUGAUAAUAAAAACCAAGAACAUUCUGGUGAUCGGAACAAAGAUUGACAAAUAAUGCAGAUAAUAAUUCCAGCUCUCAAGCGCCAGAAGUCAAAGAGAAGAAAGAGAAGGACUUGUAAAGCAUCAUCGCUCCAAAAACUACCAAUUGCAGAAAGAUUGAGUUCGAAUCCUCUCAGCUCUGAAAUUAGAAUUCCAGAAGGAGAAUUUUUCCAAUUUCUCAAAGAGUUCGAAGUGACGAUUGCCACUGAUGACGGAGGCAAAGACUGCCUCCAUUUCAACAACCCCACAGUAAACUUGUGCACCAGGUGCGAUGUCGUGUACAAGACCAUCUUGCGAGACUGUAGAAAGUACUUCUGUGAACUUUUCGUUGAGAAAUCAGGCAGGAGAUCUCGAGAUCUAGUCUAUAUCUUUGAAUUGAUCGAUGAUUUUGUGAAUAGGAAAUUUCCAGAUUCAGCUACAGAAGCUCAGGAUGAAAUGAAGUUCUACCUCAGAUGUUUUGUAAAACACAAGAUGAACUCAUUCAAUCGAAGCAACAUCCAGCUUCCCCAAAAGUACCAAGGAGAUUCGUUACAGAACUCAAAAGCGAAGAGACUUCAUGAAAUCCUGUACAAGUUCAGCCUGGAGAAACUUGAAGAGUUCUUCUCAAACGAGUCUCUAACCAAACUCUUUUACCAAUACAUGAAACACUUCCAAAGAAGACUAGAGUUCAGUGAAGUCAUGAAAAAGUCAAGAAACGUUUACUUCAGCGCACUUAAGCUCAUCCUAAUGAGAACCCAGACACUAAUGUUUUAGUAACAAUCCUUGCUAAACUUCCCC